AAAAAAAACUCUUUCUUGGGAUUUCACAGUCAUAAACGUUGAGAAGGUUUACAAUAGUUCCAUAUUUUUCCUUGAAACACUAAAAUAUGCAUGCAUCCUCUAACCGCGUGUGCUGGUUAGGUCAUGUUAGAUAUAGGCUAUUUGUUAAAAAUGUUCAUUCUCUGAAGAUGGCAUUCAAGCUUGAAUUAAUGAUUUUUUGCUAGAAGAAUUUUAAGAUAGCUGCGUGCUGUUAGUACAGCUUACCCCCCUUUGAAAAGAGAGAAUGACCUUCGCUUCGUCCUGGCUUGACCAGGAAGAGAGCCAAUGAAAUAGGUUUAUACUGGACUGUGAAGCGGCUUUGGAGACGAGCUGUAGCCGCAUCUCAGGGUGUAUAUGAAGGAAAGAUGGAGGAGACUGGGGUUUUAGAAACUCCACCCCCCUGCAAGGAGCUGAAGCCUUGCAAGGUGUGUGGGAGGACGUUUUUCCCCGGAGUCCUGAAGAAGCAUGUCCCCAUCUGCCAAAAGAAUGCAGCAAAGAAACGGAAGACGUUCAACUCCAGUAGACAGAGGGCGGAAGGGACCGAUAUUCCCACCAUAAAGCCUUUGAAACCAAAGCCCGAACCACCCAAAAAGCCGUCAAACUGGCGAAGGAAACACGAGGAGUUCCUCACCACCCUCCGAGCCGCCAAAGGCGUGACCCAAGCCGUGAAAGAAGGGGGCCCCCUCCUGCCCCCACCCCCGCCCUCCUAUGACCCAGACUACAUCCAGUGUCCCUACUGCCGGCGGAGGUUUGGCCAGAGCGCUGCCGAUCGGCACAUCGCCUUCUGCAAAGAGCAGGCCGCCCGCAUCCCCAACAAGGGGAAGAUUGCCGGGGAGGGAAAGGCAAAGCUUCCGGCCAGGUCCCUGUACAAGCCUCCGCUGGCGAAGAGGGACGGCCCUGCAGCGGCCUCUGUAACAUCUCCAUCCUCACGGCUCCCUCAGAGAUCUCUGCAAGGACAAUAUGGCGGAGGGAAACCCCCCAACAGAGCGCCCUCUGCUGGUCUCAUCAGGAAUGCCCCCUCAGCUUCCCCGCCAUCUCGUUUCGGUCCCUCUGGCGCAGCGGAGUUCCCGCCUGGGCCACCGUGUUCUCCCGGCUCGCUGAGGACCACACCUGGGAUUGGAACUAACAGCAGGAGAGUGCAUUAUGCGGACAACAAUUCCUUGAGAAAUGAAGUUCCACCUGACUUAGAGGACCAGGAUGGGUCUCGAAGGCAGUGGUCUAAGUUCUGCCACGAGUGUGGGGCAAAAUACCCAGUGGAAAGGGCCAAGUUCUGCUGUGAGUGUGGUGUGGCAAGGCUGCGGGUCUGACCCCCAUCUUGACACUAGGUGCUGCAUGUAGACUUGCUUUUAAGCCCAUCCAAGGACACAAGAUGCAGAAUUAAGAUGCCAGCAUAAUGACAUUUCUGCUAAAGCCAGCUGUGAUGUCACACGCCCUCAAAGCCUGACUCAGAGGCUUUUGCUGCUUUCCGUUUGCUCAGGUUCCUUUUUGAAUCUGUUUUCAAAGUGCAACAUGUCAUGUCCAGUAAUUGGUCAGUGGUAGUACUGAAGUCAGGAUUGGAUGGUAGAAAGAAAAAUGUAGGUCAGGGGUCUUGUUUUCUUUAUUUGUGAAGGUUGGGAGGGUUGUGGGUUUGAUUCCCACUCCUGGCUCUGUAUGCAUGGAGUUUGCAUGGAGUUCUCCCCUGUUUGUUUGGGUGUCUUCACACUUGUCACAAACAUGCUGUUAAACGAGUUGUCAUCUCUGAAUUGGCCAUGGUGUGUGAAUGUGUCCUGUGAUGGACUAGCACCCCCUGCAAGGUCUCCCCUGCCCUAUGCCCUGUGAUGGACUGGCACCCCCUGCCCUAUGCCCUGUGAUGGACUGGCACCCCCUGCCCUAUGCCCUGUGAUGGACUGGCACC